UGUUUAAAAUGAUUAUAAAUUGAGUGAUAAAAGUAUUAAUCAAAUGACAAGAAAUGGCAAUACGUUUUGGUUUUCGGUGUUUUUGGCAGACAUUCAAACUAAUACUAUAUCUUCAGUUUAGAUCAAUUGUGAAGUGGUUUUUGCACAAAACAACCAAAUUAUGUGAAUUACAGCGACUCUGUUAUGCAGACAACUUGGGAUCAAAUCGUACCAAAGGUGUUGAAUACUCAAUACUUAUGAGUAGAUCGUCGGUUCUCAAGAAGAUCAACACAGAGAUGUCACGAUUGGCCGAUGAAAAGCAAUUGACGGCCAAAUGGAUUAUGUUUGAGAAGGCCAUCGAAGCCACAGUCGUCGACAAGAAGAUCAAUGUUAAACUUCAUACAGACUUUGUUGUCGCCUAUAGGAUCUGUUUGGUCCAUAUAUACGGUUAUAAACAACUCAUUAGACUCGUUGAAGACCAGAGGUCUAUAGCAUACGAUCCUAAUAUCAAUGACCACCAAAAUAUGCUGAAAUCACUUUGGGAACAGUUAAGUGAUGAGCCGCUAACCGCUUUAAUAAGUAAACAGUGGUCAGACAUUGGCUUUCAAGGUGAUGAUCCGUCCACUGACUUCAGAGGAAUGGGUUUCUUAAGUUUAAACAAUUUGCUAUACUUUGUGACGACAUAUAAAGAUCCGGCGCGUCAUAUAUUGAUGCACUCAUUACAUCCUAAACAUGGCUUUCCCUUUGCUAUCGUUGGCAUCAAUUUAACUCAUUUAGCCCUAAGUCUGUUGACUUCGGGUAAUCUAAAGACACAUUUCUUCAAUUCAUACAAUCGUUUGUUUAAAUUAGAAGACUUUCACAAAGUUUAUUGCUAUCUCUUUGUGACCUUUGAUAAGCUUUGGCUCGAAUCUCGACCGCAAUCUGUUAUGGAGUUUAGUCUUAUAAGAGAUAAAUUUGAAAAACAACUGAUCGACAAAUUGGCCGAUAAUAGGACUGUCCUUAAAUGGGACCCACAGGUUGACACACUCUGAAUACAAUACUAUACAUUUCAUACAUAAUUAUUUUUAUUGCCUUAAUUUGAUAUUUUUAAUACAGUAUUAAUAUGCUAUUCACUUGUUAUACUGUAUUGUUUGAUUUAUUUUAC